CAAAAGAAAGACUCCAGAAUUUAGAAGAUGUAGUAUCAUUGGUUUUAAAUACCGUGGGUUCAACGGCUAAUCAAUCUGAUAUUGAUGACCUUACACUUGAUGAUGGGCUCUAUUCUGUCUCUCUUCAUUCACUAUGGUGGUGAAUGGGUUGAAAAUGACAAAAGCAAAAUACGGUUUAAAAGAAACAAGCAAAGAUCAAGCUGUGGACAAGAUGGGGUUGUACUAAAUGACGAACCAAAUGCGAAUGUGGAGAUAUUCCUUUGCAUAGGAUCCAAUCGUAUUCCUAACUCUCCCCAAGAUCUAGAGGUCGAGGGAGAGCUUCCCAAGAGUACUCAAGAGAAAUUUGAUAUGGAGGUAGAAAUUCAAAAAACUACACAAGAGCAUGUUGGUGUCGAGGAUGGACACUACUCUCAAUUUCCAGAUGAUUUUGAUUUUCUUGUCGGUCCUGUAGAUGGCAAUAGUGGCACAGAUGGAACAUUUGGCGACGGAUCAGACUUGUGUGUUGGCUAUGAGUUUGCCAGCAAGGCUGAUCUAAAGCGGAAAAUGACCAAGAUAGCCAUUGCUGGUUGCUUUGAAACAAAGACAACAAAGAGUGAUACAACUCGAUAUAUUCUGUGUUGCAGGGGUUGAUAACUGUAGUUAGAUGAUGUGUGCAUUUUCCGUAAAGGACUCCCCUAGAUUUAUCAUCAACAAAGUACAACGAUAAGCACAAUUGUGAGGUUGGUGACCGUAAGUGCAAUUAUAGGCAAACUACAUCGAGGUACGUUGGGGAAGUUGUCCUGGCUACUCUAGGAGGUUCGCGGGAACACAUUAAGCCAAAGACAAUCAGGACCCUUAUGUAAAAUAAGAGCAUUCCCAUAACAUAUACAAAAGCAUGGCUAGGUAGGAAAUUCGCAAAUGAAAAGUUGUACGGGAA